UCUUUACUGCGCAAUAUUGUAAUCUGCUCUCUAAAUAGCAAAAGUUCGCCCUCUGCAGUGUCAAUCACGCUCUUCUUCCGUUACCAAGAUGCAAUAUCCACCAAUUUCAGGGACGUCCUCUCUGCCAUACGACCCAUGGCCCCCAAUAGACCUGAACAAGCUCCCUUCUUCACUCAGCUCUCCUGAGCUUCCCAAACCUCACUCAAAAUCUAAGUCUAUCUUCGCUUUCUGGAUGACGGGCAUUCACACGCUUCCGCCGUACCUCCUGCGUAACGUCAUUGCUUGGCAUCGCCGGUAUAAUCCACUUGGCUGGACCGUAUACAUUGUCGAUACAGUCCCUAAUUCACCGCUGAACGUCUCGCGCUUCAUCGAUGUCACUUCGCCGUCCGUAGUACCUGACGCUUUCCGGGAGGGAAACCUGGAUGGGGGUUACGCAGCGCAACACACCUCCGAUCUCGUCCGGUUCCCGCUAUUGCUGCGGUAUGGUGGCGUGUAUAUGGACGUUGGAGUACUGCACUUUGGAAAUCUUGACUCGCUCUGGACUACAAGAAUUGCGAACACGAAUUCACCUUUUGACUUCGCGGGUUUUACCAUGGGCGAGCCACCCGAAAUCUCAGCGGUAAACUUCUGGUUGAUGUCCACGCCGGAUAACCCGCUUAUCGAACGGGCCCACUACAUCCUGCUCAAACUUUGGAAAGGGAAAACGAAUACGAAAGGCGCUUCGAAGCAUCCGCUUGUCAGCCAUGUGCCGCUAAUGCGAGUGCCGCAGGAAGUUACUGUAGAGGAAGAGGACAAGGACAAUAUGGUGAUCGACGAUGCCGCAAUGACAGACUAUGCAGUUCAGAUCCAAUGUCUGGGUGCUGCGCAGCGGUGGCUUGACGAGCAGGACGGCUGGAACGGGCCUCAGUACGUGCGGGAGAAGUGUUGGUUCUACAGCAUGAUCGACCACACCUACGUACACGAACAGCUUACGAAUUGGACGAGUAAGAAGCAGCAUGAGCUCUUCAGUAUUUCUUUACCUGGUGCUAAAGAGAAAGAGAGCGAAGACCAGAAGCUGGCGAGAACCAUCGUUGAGAAGGCCAUUGCUGAGAGCUGGUGCAUGAAAUUAGGGCACAGUUUCUCGGCGAAGCUGUUCGGUGCGGACACUUUAGGAAUGUGGUGGAGAAAGCAUGAUGGAACGGACUGCAAAGAAGGCACAUAUGGUGGAUGGCUCAGGUGGGCGGAAGUGAACUGCAAUCAAGACCACGCGCCGAAGCCGUUGGAAAUCCCGCCAUAUGAGCCGACCAUGAAGGGGCGAUUGUUCGAAUUCGAUUAGGAGGAGGCCGUAUCAUGCUAAAAAGACUUUGUUCCAUGUCGAUGCUAGUGACUUAAAGAUGCAAAUUCGCUUUUCCAACGCCAUUCAAUCUGUGCAUUUCCAAUA